AUGGCUGGAGGAGUUUAUGUUUCUAGUGGAGGGGGUGGCAACUAUGAGGGUCAGGUCACUGCGUUUGUGAUAAUUGCUUGCAUGGUUGCUGCCAUGGGUGGUCUCAUUUUUGGAUAUGACAUUGGAAUCUCAGGAGGGGUGACUUCAAUGUCGGAGUUCUUGAUAAAGUUUUUCCCAUCGGUAUAUAGAAAAGAGAUUUCAGAUGGUGCCAGUCAAAACCCGUACUGCAAAUUUGACAGUCAGAUGCUCCAGUUGUUCACCUCUUCCCUGUACCUGGCAGCACUUGUUGCUUCUUUCUUUGCUUCUGUAAUAACCAGGAUGUUUGGUCGAAAAUUGUCGAUGUUUAUCGGAGGCGCUGUCUUUCUUGUGGGUGCUAUUCUCAAUGGUGCAGCUACUAAUCUCGCAAUGCUUAUCAUUGGCCGCGUAUUGUUGGGUGUAGGCGUUGGUUUCGCGAAUCAGUCAGUACCAGUGUAUCUAUCUGAAAUGGCACCGCCGAAGAUCAGAGGAGCUCUGAACAUUGGCUUUCAGAUGGCAAUUACAAUUGGAAUACUAGUUGCUAACCUUGUGAAUUAUGGUACAUCAAAGAUGAAGGGAGGAAAUGGGUGGAGGAUUUCCUUAGGUCUUGCUGCUGUUCCAGCAAUAAUGAUGAGUGUUGGAUCUCUCUUCCUACCCGACACACCAAAUUCCCUGAUUGAGAGAGGCCAAACUGACAAGGCAAAGAAGAUGUUACAAAAGAUCCGAGGCACUGACGCUGUGGACCAGGAGUUCCAAGAUCUUAUCGAGGCAAGUGAUGCAGCGAAGCAAGUUGAACAUCCAUGGAGAAACAUCAUGCAGCCAAGAUACAGACCUCAGCUUGUCAUUACUUGCUGCAUCCCAUGCUUUCAGCAGCUAACUGGCAUCAACGUAAUUAUGUUUUACGCUCCAGUUCUCUUCAAGACUUUGGGAUUUGGUGACGAUGCUUCUCUCAUGUCUGCGGUUAUUACAGGCCUUGUUAAUGUCCUAGCCACAAUAGUUUCUGUUGUCUGCGUCGAUAGGUUUGGUAGAAGGGCCCUGUUGCUUCAAGGAGGUGCACAGAUGCUUAUUUGCCAGAUUGCUGUUGGAAUUGUCCUAGGCUUGACGUUCGGGACCAGCGGUCAAGGUUCAUUGUCGAAAGGCGUUGCAGAUUUUGUGCUGUUCUUGAUAUGUGCAUACGUCGCAGCAUUUGCAUGGUCUUGGGGUCCGCUAGGGUGGUUGAUACCCAGUGAAAUAUCACCUCUAGAGAUCCGGUCAGCCGGGCAAGCUAUCAAUGUCUCAGUGAACAUGCUUUUCACCUUCGUCAUAGCUCAAGCUUUCCUCUCCAUGCUUUGCCACAUGAAGUUCGGUCUCUUCUUUUUCUUUGCAGCAUUUGUACUGAUAAUGACUAUAUUCGUAUACAGCCUCUUGCCUGAGACCAGAAGGGUCCCCAUUGAAGAGAUGAAUGGUGUCUGGAAAUCACAUUGGUUCUGGGGCAAGUACAUCCCAUUUGAUGCGCCAGGUACAAGCCACAGUGUCCAGCUUCCUCCGGGCAAGCAGGUUUGAAUAAGCA